ACGUUCUCCGGUCUUCAUCAUUUUUGCCUAUCCAGAACUUUCUGUAUCCGUCUCGGCUUCCUCCCCAAGAAACGGAACGCAUCAACUCCGCCCCUUUCUCCCUCUAUAAAUACAAACCCGUUUCUCUCUUUCUUCCCGCUCGAAUCACGCUGGUCAACCUGAAAAGUUACUCCAAAGUCUCAUCGCGAUCUCCAAGUCUCCAUGGCUGCCAUGAUCGCCGCAAGGACGGCUCCCGUCUCCAAGCUCCUCGUCUCCCCUGUCCGCCCCUUCGCCACUUCUGCCGCCGGCUCCCGCCUUUUCAGCACCAACACCAAGCUCCGCGACCUCAACGAUGACCACAGCCUCGACGUCGACCGCCGCCGCGACGACCUCUCCGAUGCCCCCCGCCAGCGUGGCGACUCCUCUCCCUUCCCCAGCAUCUUCUCAGGUAAUGUGUGGGAUCCGUUCACACCGACGAGGAGUUUGAGUCAGGUGUUGAACAUGAUGGACCAGAUGCUGAACAACCCAUUCACGGCAGCGAGCCGGGGGGCGACCGGGGGAUUCCGCCGAGGAUGGGAGGCGAAGGAGGACGGGGACGCGCUGCACCUGAGAAUCGACAUGCCGGGAUUGGGGAAGGAGCACGUGAAGGUGUGGGCGGAGCAGAACACUUUGAUCAUAAGGGGAGAAGAGGAGAAGGAGGCGGAGGAGGAGGAGAGCAGCCGGAGGUACAGCAGCCGCAUCGACCUGCCGCCGGAGGCGUACAAGAUCGACCAGAUCCGGGCGGAGAUGAAGAACGGAGUUCUUAAAGUGGUGGUUCCCAAGGUCAAGGAGGAGGAGCGUAAAGAAGUGUUCCAAAUCAAGAUCGACUAGAAGAGUUCUUAUGCUUCUCACUCGCCCUCUGUUGUUUUGGCAGAGGCGGGGUGUUCACUUUUCCCCUCUUUUUGUUCGAUCUAUUUCCUCAAUGCGUUAUGUCUUUUAAGAUGGAUAUGGUUGUAGAACAAAUGGACACAGUGUGGACGUUUAAUCCGUGUGGAUUUGAUAUUGCAGCGUUGGAAGGCUUGAGCAUGUUCUUGGACGAGUCUGGCGUUGUUGGAAGGGUCUGGUAGAAUUUGUUUUGGAUAUGGUUUCAUUUAUGCUUUGAUUUGAGUCCUGAUUUGAAUUGUUUGGAUUGA